CUCUUUUCAAUUGCAAAAUAAAUCCCUCAUCUGUCUAGGUUAGUGAAUCUCAAAUCCCUUUAUCUCAACAUUUCAGCAAUGUGGAUCUUUGUGGUGGAAGAAAUUGAAAUGGUGGUGCUACUUUCGGUGCUGCUUCAGAGGAAAGAGGCUGCAGUAAUGGGAAAACGAGGAGUACCCAAACCGUGUGAUGAGUACCCAAAUUUUCUGGAUUCUUUGCUAUGGAGAAGCAAGGGGAAUAGAUGGAGUGGUAGGAAGAGAAAGAAGGAGAAUGAUGAGAAUGGAGGAAGAGAAAGAAAGGAAGGAGAAGGGAGGAAGAGAAAGAAAGGAGGAAUAAGCAAGGAAGAAGCGAGGAAAAGUAGUGGCCAACCGUGGUGAUGGUGUUGCUGCCAAUGCCAGUGCUGGAGAAGACAUGGAAACGAUGAAGAAUCGAAGAAGGGAGAAGGGAUUGAGUUAUUGUGUGUUUGGAAUAAAAAAUAGAGUAUGGU